AAAGAAUCUCGCCUGGCUCUGACUGAUAUUUGCCCCGGCUGGUUUUUUCUGGUACCCGCAACGGCUCUGAGUGUCUUGAAACUCUCCGUUGACUCUGCAUCGUCUGUGGAGGACGGCGUGCUUUCAUCAGGCUCAUAGCACAAGUUUGCAUUUGUUGGUUGAUCAUUUCGCAGAGAGCCACCGAAAACAUCUGCAAUCGUGGCGACGUCAGCCAAAUUCCCAGCGGUCCUGACCGCUGAGAAUAUGACUGCGUCGAGCAGUCCGGAUGCCGUCCCUGGUGAAGAGUUUGACUACGAAGCUCUGCCACCCAACUAUGGCCUUUACCACAACAUGCUCGCCGGUGCAUUCGCAGGCAUCGCGGAGCAUACGGUGAUGUAUCCAGUGGAUUUGAUGAAGACACGGAUGCAAAUCAUAAAUCCUUCCUCGGGCGGUCUCUAUACGGGUUUGUCCCACGCAGUAUCAACGAUCUACCGACUAGAAGGGCUACGGACGCUAUGGAGAGGCGUUACGAGUGUCAUUGUCGGAGCAGGUCCUGCCCACGCUGUGUAUUUUGGCACGUAUGAAAUUAUAAAAGAGGCGGCCGGUGGAAACGCAGCGGAUGGCAAACACCAUCCUGCUGCUGCAGCUCUCAGCGGAGCUUGCGCGACAAUCGCCAGCGAUGCCCUGAUGAAUCCUUUUGAUGUCAUCAAACAGCGAAUGCAAGUACAUGGUUCAACUUAUCGGACAAUUAUGCAGUGUGCGAGAUCAGUGUUCCGGGCCGAAGGGCUUUCGGCAUUCUACGUAUCAUACCCCACGACAUUAUGCAUGACAGUGCCAUUUACAGCAACACAAUUCAUGGCCUACGAGUCAUUGUCCAAGGUGAUGAAUCCCCAGAAAGAAUACGACCCGAUCAGUCAUUGCAUGGCUGGCGGGUUAGCCGGAGCUUUUGCGGCCGGCAUCACCACCCCGCUUGAUGUGAUCAAGACGUUGUUACAAACACGCGGGCUUAGCCAACAAGCUGAAAUCCGAAACGUGCGAGGUAUUUUCAAUGCUGCUGCGAUUAUCAAAAAGGAAUUCGGAUGGAGUGGUUUCAUGAGGGGCUGGCGGCCGCGCAUCAUCACCACCAUGCCAAGCACUGCAAUCUGCUGGUCAUCAUACGAAAUGGCAAAAGCAUACUUCAAACGAACACUUCGAGAGGAACACGAGGCCCACAUCAACAGUCUUUGAAUGACUCGCGAAUGUCGAGUGCCCAAUGAUUCUUGCUCGAGGACCAAGAACGGACUUGGGAGGUACGGGGCUUCUCCGGUUUACGGAGCACUUUAUCACCGCUAUGAAGAUACCCAGUUUGGUGCAAUGGGAUGGCAGUCAGCAUCGCAUUGACUCGGUUUUCGAGCAUGACCGGAUGCUUUUCUUUGGGAAGCCAUGGCGGAUUUCGAGGUCGUGGUCGGCCAUUUGCAUGCGACAGGCGUUACGACCCAGGAAGAGGCACCAAAUCUGAUGUACGUUGUGUCAGAUAACCCUCUGUAAGGGUUUGGAUAAUCAUUGUACAUCUAUCGAAAAUGGGGAUGGCCGGAGGGUCUUUCAGCUUUCUUCAACCUUAUAGACGAGCCGAUCAGCAAUGAAAAGUGCAUUUAUGCCGGAC